AUGAAUAUAAACAAUCCUCAGAGCGUGGCCUUGCCAGAUCAACGCCAACAACGGACGUACCAAUCCGAUUUUUCAAAAUCACCCCAUACAAGAGCGAAACCCAAGCCUCCAGUAGAAGAAGCCAUAACCUCCUGGUUUUCUAAUUUACCUCCAGACCUAGUCGAACAAACAACAUCAAUCAUCACCCAUCUUCUAUCCACUGCCCCAAAACGAUGGAUUGUUUAUCCACCAAUGCUACUUCUGCCCUCCGGCAGUUUUGAAGAUGAGCAGUGGAGACGCUUACAGCUAGGUGGUCAGGAGCUCGAUUCUUUAUGGGAGAAGAUAUUGGAGUUGGUUGGCAAAAGAGAGGGAAAGGGGAAAUUGACUCAUCUUGCCAUCAACAAUGGCAUACCUCUCCUCAAAGUAGGUGAGGAUAAAGGAGAGAACCUUCUUCGAAACCCUACGGGACUGAGGAUUCUGUAUGGCGAUUUCGGUCCAUCAUUAGAUCAUGAGGCAGUACCAAGUCGUGAAGAUUUGGAAAAGGCAUUCUGGGUCAGCACAAAACAGAAUGGUAUCAUCCAAAUCUGGGCUCCGCGGUAUACCAUGUUCAGCAGGGGAAAUAUCAAGGAGAAAGCGAGAAUUCUUAACUUUCACAAGACCGAACAACAGCGACGAAGCAGAGAUGCAUCAGAGCUUAUGGAAGAUACCGCCGUUGACCUGUAUGCCGGCAUCGGCUACUUUGUUUUCAGUUAUGUGAAAAUGGGAAUAGGUAGAGUGAUCGGCUUCGAACUGAACCCUUGGAGCGUGGAGGGUUUGAAAAGGGGAGCCCUCGCGAACGGCUUUAGUAUACAGAUAGUGAAGUCUGGGCAGUCAUGGGUACCUGGCGAGGAGACUAUCACUAUUUUCGAAGAAGAUAAUGCUGAGGCGCCUAGGAGGCUAUCGGAGCAAAGUCCGUCAUUCUUAGCGAGUAUCAGGCAUAUCAACUGCGGACUGCUGCCUUCCAGUCAAGGAAGCUGGGAGAUAGCUCUUGGGUUGCUGACCACAACUGGGUGGUUGCAUCUCCACGAGAAUGUGGGUGUAAAUGAUAUUGAGUUACGGAGGGGUACCAUCCGCAAUGAGUUGACAAGAAUCUUGAGCGCCAAAGACGUUGAGGUGGAUGUGGAACACGUGGAGCUAGUCAAGACAUUUGCUCCUGAUGUAUAUCACUGCGUCUAUGAUGUUUACAUUAACCGACAAUAG